AAUAGUGAUUUAAUAUAUUAAUUUUUUCAAUUUCUGAAACAAAACAAGUUUUUUUAACUAUAUUACAAAUAUGUUGACUCCACGAUUCGAAAUAACUCAAACAGAUACAGAAGUUGUAAUAAUUAUUCAUGCGCCAUAUGCCAAUAUUAAGGAUACAGAAGUUUAUGUUGAAGGCACAGAUUUUAGGUUUUAUUCUACGCCAUAUUAUUUAAGGUUGAAGCUUCCAGGUGAGAUAGAAGAAAAUGAUUCUUCAUUUGGAUCUUACGAUUGUGAGAAGGGGGAUUUCUGUUUAAGAUUUUCUAAAGUAAACCAAGGAGAAUAUUUUGAAAAUUUGGAUAUGAUAAGCACAUUGUUAGCUCCCUCAAAAAAGAAGAACAUAAAUGUUCCAAAUAUUGAAGUAAUUGGAAAUCCAUCAGCAAAUUCAGAAGACAUAAAUGAAGUGUCAAAUGAAUGUAAUAAUAUAUUAGAUGAAAAUACAAAUGGGGAUGAAUGGUACAUACAUCAAAACAAUCCUAAUGAAACUGUACCUCUUUUAUCUUCUUCUCCAAAAUAUGGUUUUGCAAACAAAAUAUCUGGAGCUUUAGUAGCUUUUGAGUCAUCUUGGAUUAAAGAAGUGAUAGAUCUUCCAAUGCCUGAUGUAACACCCCAGUCUGAACGAAAAAUUUUGAGAGAGAAACGUGAACUUUCAGAUUUUAAUGAGGAACAUUAUUUGGCAGAUCUUAUGCAGCCAGAAUGCAUAGAACCAUAUAUAAUGUUUACUGCAGAAUGGGACAAUUUAGAAAAAGAUAACAUUUCGUUUAAUGAGAUUGAAGUGGAUCUAUUAAAAGAGCUUCCCAAUAAAGAAUAUUUAUUAAAUAAUGAAGAAACACAUAAAUUACUUUUAAGCUUAGUUGAUAUUUUAUUUGGAAACUGUUACAAUCAUAGAACAACGUUAGGAGAAAAUACAGUUGAAAGUAGUUGGACUGUGAACAAAUUAAGUUCUACAUUGACUUGGUUUGAUGAUUUUUCUACCCCAGAAGAAGUUGUAAGAGCGUGUUUUAGAAGAUCAAUAUGUUACCCACUUUUUCGAAAUUGGAAACUUUCUACAAAAGUCUUUGAAGAUGUAAAGAAAGUUAUUAAGUUAGGUAAAAAAUAUAUUAUAAAACGUUUCUGUGAAAUUCACGGUAUGUUUAAUAAUUCAUGUGAACCACGCUACAUACUAAAUCAGUUGUAUAUAAAAGAUUAUCUAAUUUGGUUACAACAAAUUAAUGAAUCUUUAAUAGAAUUACUGGACUCUUUAAUUGCUAAUAUUCAACCCAGUAAGGAAGAAAUGGGACUUGAUUUAAUAGAAUUAGAACAGGCAGCUUAUUCUGUUCAAGAAGAAGAUCUUAUCAUAGAAAAUUCUGUUCAUGAGAUAGUAGAUCAAAUUGAUGACUUAACAAUUAACGACAAUGACAAGAGCAAGCCAAAGACUAUAUACUACAUUAAAGACAAACAUUCUUUAAAGUAUUUGUUAUCAAGCAGUUCGAGUUCAAGUGACAGCAGUGAUACAGAUUCUGAAAGUGAUUCAGAAAGUAGUACUUCAACUACUACAACAAGCGACAGUAGCAGUUUAGAUUCCGAUGACGCGAGCGAACCAGAAGAAAUUUUAAAAGCGUGCACUUAACGUUUAACUCUUACAUGCGUUUCUACAUCUUUAUGUUGAUAAUGAUGUACUUCAAAAAUCUCUGUAAAAACAUUCUCCAAAUUCAUAUAUUUAUUUAUAAUAUAUGUAUAAGUAACAUUUCAUAAUUGUACCCUAUGUGUUCAUAUUAAUAUAUAUAUUUACAAUGUAUGAAUAUGGGUGUAGUCUGGAAGGAGAGAGAAGAAACUCAUACGUUUCACGAAUGUAGUUCUAGAGAAAAUAGAUUGGAUUUUGUCCCUUCCUGGGGAAAAAGGAAUUCAAUUACAAUCCUUUUAAAGCAAUAUGAUGUAUAUGAUGAUGUUAAAGCACAUCUUGUCUCUCCUCCUUGGUAACCUGACUACUCCCAUGUGUAUAAAAUCGUUUACAAACUUUAAAUCGGUGUAUAAAUAAGAUUCUCUUAUAUCUAUCUUACAAUCAUCUAGAUGUCAUACUCGUAUAAGCAUGUACAGUGUACGCAUUAUCUCGAUGGAAUACACUUUCCUGAAUAAACAUGAUCUGUUCAUUAAA